AUGUUCUGCGUAACAAGUGCUAAAGGGAAUUUGGCUCUGCCUAUGCAGCAGUUUUCAUCCCAAGCUCAGUCGGUGACAAGGACUCCUCAAGGAGAGAAGAACAGCCGGAGAGGUUUUGAUGAAAAGGCUUACUUGUCCUCAAAGCUGCUGAAGGCCGGAGAAGACCCCUACCGCCAGCACGCUUUUAAUCAGCUAGAGAGUGACAAACUCAGCAGCGACCGGCCCAUUCGGGACACCAGGCACUACAGGUGCACUGCUGUACGCUAUGACACAGACUUGCCACCUACCAGCCUCAUCAUCACCUUCCACAACGAGGCGCGCUCCACCCUGCUCCGCACAGUGAAGAGCGUCCUGAACCGCACCCCUCCCAGCCUCAUCCAGGAAAUCAUUUUGGUAGAUGACUUCAGCUCAGAUCCUGAGGACUGCCAGCUCCUUACCAAGAUCCCAAAGGUCAAGUGUCUACGAAACACCCGGCGAGAAGGGCUGAUUCGCUCUCGGGUGCGAGGAGCUGAAGUGGCUACCGCAGACAUCCUCACCUUUUUGGACAGUCACUGUGAAGUCAACAGCGAGUGGCUCGAUGGCCGCCAGCCAAUGCUUCAGAGAGUGAAAGAGGAUUAUACCCGAGUGGUGAGUCCGAUCAUUGAUGUUAUCAGCCUGGAUAAUUUUGCCUACCUGGCAGCAUCAGCAGAUCUGAGGGGAGGGUUUGACUGGAGCCUUCACUUUAAGUGGGAGCAGAUUCCUAUAGAGCAGAAGAUGUCCAGAACAGACCCAACUCAGUCUAUAAGAACCCCUGUCAUAGCAGGAGGCAUCUUUGUGAUUGACAAGUCCUGGUUUAACCACCUGGGAAAAUAUGAUACUCAAAUGGACAUCUGGGGAGGAGAAAAUUUUGAGCUCUCUUUCCGAGUGUGGAUGUGCGGUGGCAGCUUGGAGAUAGUUCCCUGCAGUCGAGUGGGACACGUGUUCAGGAAGCGCCAUCCCUAUGACUUCCCUGAGGGCAAUGCACUGACUUACAUCAAGAACACCAAGCGCACAGCAGAGGUGUGGAUGGAUGAAUACAAGCAGUACUACUAUGAGGCCCGACCAUCUGCCAUUGGGAAGUCAUUUGGAAGUGUUGCAGACCGAGUGGAGCAGCGACGCAAACUGAACUGUAAAUCCUUCCAGUGGUAUCUGGAGAAUGUCUACCCUGAGCUUAAGGUUCCUGAAAAAGAGCUGAUUCCAGGAAUAAUUAAACAAGGAGGAAACUGCCUGGAGUCUCGGGCGCAGGAUACCACAGGGAAUAUGUUGGCUGGCAUGGGGAUCUGUAAAGGAACAGUGAACAAUCCACCUGUCACUCAGGAGUGGGUAUUCAGUGACCCUGUAAUUAGACAGCAGGACAAGUGUCUUUCCAUUACCUCCUUCUCUACUGGCUCCCAAAUCACACUGGAAGCCUGCAAUCAAAAAGACGGCAGACAGAAGUGGAAAAUGAAAGGCAGUUUCAUUCAACACUUUGUCAGCGGUCUCUGCCUGGAAAACCAGACUGGGAGAGUGGUGACCAACCCUUGCCAAGCAGAUGUACCUGGCCAACAGUGGGAGCUGCUACAAGCAACAUGA